AUGUCAGAUGAGGAUGAUCUGGAUGACUUUGAGCCAGAGUCAGAGCCAGACCAGGAAGAUCUGGAAAAAGAAGAAGAUGAGAAGGAGACAGAGGAGUGGGAGGACUACAAGAAGGAGGGGGAAGAGUUCUCCGAGGAAUGGAUGCCGGUCCCCCUCACUGAGAACAUGAUGAAGGAAGGGCUUUCUUUGCUGUGUAAGACUGGCAAUGGACUGGCUCAUGCUUAUGUUAAGCUUGAGCUUAAAGACAGGGACCUGACAGAUAUUAACUUGCUGCACUCCUACAUCCAUCUGCGCUAUGUGGAUAUUUCUGAGAACCACCUGACUGACCUGUCUCCACUCAAUUUCCUCACUCACCUGCUGUGGCUUAAGGCUGAUAGCAAUCAGCUUCGGACUGCCCGACUGAAUGAACUACCCUACCUGCAAAUUGCUAGUUUUGCCUACAACCAGAUCACUGAUACUGAGGGCAUCUCUCAUCCUCGUCUAAGAAGUCUAGAUCUCAAAGGGAACCACAUCCACAUGGUGACCGGUCUUGACCCCCAAAAGCUGAACAGUCUGCACACCCUGGAGCUUCGGGGAAACCAGCUAGAAUCCACCCUGGGAAUCAACCUUCCUAAGCUGAAGAACCUUUUCCUGGCCCAGAACUUGCUGAAGAAGGUUGAAGGCUUGGAGAACCUAAGCAAUCUCACUACCUUGCAUCUCCGAGACAAUCAAAUUGAAACUUUGAAUGGGUUCUCCAUGGAAAUGAAAUCACUGCAGUACCUCAACCUGAGGGGCAACAUGGUGAAUGACCUGGGAGAGCUGGCAAAGCUUCGGGACCUGCCCAAGCUUCGAGCCCUGGUGUUGCUGGAGAACCCAAUUACAGAUGAGACUGAUUACCGUCAGGAGGCCCUGGUACAGAUGGCACACCUGGAGCGUCUGGACAAGGAUUUCUAUGAGGAGGAAGAGCGGAUUGAGGCUGAUGAGAUUCGUCAGAGGAUCAAGGAGGAACAGGAGCAGGAAGCUGAGCCUGAGCAUGACUUGGAACUGGACCAGCCAUUGGUCUAGCAGUGGUUCUUCUACCCUCCAAGGAUAGAGACCAAUGACCUCCGCCCCAAGACCUGAUAACACUCCAGUCCCAGGCCACUACAUUCAUACUACUGUCAUGGAAGA